AUGUCUUCACCAUUAAUGUCUAGUCUAAUCUUCAGUUCAUUGGUUCAAUUUUUCCAAGUUAUUGUUAACGAUCUGAAGAUCCCGGGUCACGGCACCAGUGUUACAGAGGCCCAACUAGUACUCUCUAACAAUGCAUAUAACUGGCUCAAGUGUGGUACCGAAUAUGUUGACGGGCGAUAUCAUGCUAGUGUUGUUGUUACUGUCAACGGUUGGUCCGAUUGGAGUCUUGUUCCACUUGAGAAACCCCCAAGUCCAUUUCGAUUACGAGUCAAACGCGAGAGAGAAGCCAUUCAUGUUGAAUAUGGAGAAGGUGAAAAUGGUCCAUUCAAAAUUAUGCGACUUGCUUAUUUGCCACUGGUAAAGAAAACACGUACAAUUAUGGUUGGCAUUAUGUGCGCUUCGCCCAAUGAGGAAAGUGACGGUUUUGAUGUUAUUUUUGACCAAUUGAAUAUAACAAAACAUUCAUAA